GAGUGAUGCCACGGUUUCCUCUCCUUUUGUCAUCAACUAUUAUGAUAAGACCCCAAUUGAGGAACUAGGAUUGAACUCAUCUUAUGAUAUAUCAUUAUUCGCCCAAUCAUUUAUGUUACAAAUCGGAUAUUAUCACCAUGAGCCAAUACGACCUAACUCCUAA